UUUACAGUUAAGAUGGCAGGCAUGGCAGCAACUGAUGAUAGCCCAAUUUAUGAGGGAUUCCUGUGUCCAAUGUGCCUUCAAAACUUUGAUUCUGUUUAUCAACUCCAAUCUCAUGUGGAAACUGCUCAUGGUAGUGAAGAUAAGGUUGUACUAAGUAAGUUGAAAGGAUUCUUUGGGAAAGCUAAGAAUCUCAUCACCAGCAGAUCAGAGGAACAGUUCAGUGAUGUCUCCAGAAAUGAGCAAGGAGAAGGAUCUCCCAAGAAAUUACAACUGCUUGGCUCAGACCCUUUUACUUGGGAUAAUCCAGAGCUAGGAGCAUCUAGAAGUCAUUUUGAGUCUCUGAGGCGGAUACGCAGUGAUAGGAUUGAUAGAACAGUUGUUGAAAUCAACAAGCUUGUCAUCAGACUUGAGAAGCUUAUCAGAUAUGGACCACCUUGGAGUGAUCAAGCUAAAAGAAAAGUAUAUGAAAAGACCAUUGUGCCUUGGGCAGAAGACUCUGAUGUAAGGUUCUGCCCAUCUUGUGGUGAUAAAUUCUCUUUAGCUGUAAGGCGUCAUCAUUGUCGUCUGUGUGGUAGCAUUAUGUGCAACAAGUGCUCCAACUUUGUUGGUAUCCCUUUCUGUGAGCAAGUGCUAGAAGCUGAAACCAAAGGAAAAACAUCUUCUAAACAAGCUGAUGUUGAAUCAUCACCAAGUAAGAAGAGUGAUGUAGUCACACUCAGAGUUUGUGAACAUUGUACAAUCAUUAUGGAGAAGAGGUUGAAGAUGGUCAGAGAAAGAAAUUCCAAACCAGUCAUUGUACAGUUAUACCAGAAAAUGGUUGAAGUGAGAGAGCAGAUUGUAAAACAACUUCCAAUUUAUGAGAAAAUUGCUACAUCCAUUUUAAAUGGUGAAGAGGAAUAUACUUAUGAAAGAGCAGAACGAGAAAGAACAGUGCUUUUGAAAUAUUUUGAUGCUCUAGAUCUCUUAAGCAAAAAGAUAUACUCCCUUGGUUCAGGGACAGAAAAGACAUUGUCUUCUGCUCAGAUGAAACUCAGGAGAAACAUCCGGACCGAGGUUGUUCGCUUCCUGCAAGACCACAUGCUUGGGCUUCAACCUUUACCAUCUGAAGAAGAAGUUAUCAAGCUCAGAGCAGAACGCAAAGCAGCCAUUGCUAAGAGACUGGAGGAAGAACGUCAAGCAAGAGCCAAGAGGAUGCAAGAAGAAGCUCUAGCAUUAGAGAAGUCAGCUCAACAGAGGGCGCAACAACAAGCAGAAUCAAAACUCUUAGACAGCCCUAAGAGAGGUCAUGAACGAAAGUCCAGCUGGGGUCUGCUGAACAAAUUAAAAGAGCAGGCACACGAGGUUGGUGCUGGAAUGAUGGUAGGGCUGACAUCCAGUGGAAGUGAAGGGAAAUUGAAUAAUCCACCAUCAGGUUGGAAACCAAGUGCAGUUAGUCAGGAUACUGUCCAGGCUUUGUCUGAUGAUCCUUUAAUCCAACAAAUGAACAUUAUCAGUAGUUACUUAAAUCAAGCUCAAGAAGCUGGUCGAUGGGAUGAAGUGAACAUGUUAGAGGCAAACCUUAAAGAUCUUCAGUUAGCAUACAGACAGGAACAAUCCAAAAGAGGGGGAAUGGGAGGUUAUCAGGGAUUAUGAUAAACCUUAUUACAUUACCAAUCUAUGACCUGUGUUGGACCAUGAACAGGAGGUGCAAUAUGUUUGUACUUAAGUAAUACAGAUAGAAGUUUUCUCCUGAACAAGGCAAUUACUGGUUCAAAAUCAAGUCCUCGCAUGAAUGCCCUAUGACUUGCAUUUCAUCUCUGUUUGCCUUGUAUCAGCGAUAAUGAUAUUUACCUAGAUUAACUUUAGAUUAUUUAUUAUCAGAUAGUUGCUUUUAUAUAAUAAAUUCUCCAUUGUUCUGGAGUAUAUAACAAAUUUUCAGAUGCAUCAGUGAUAAUCAACUAUUUGUGAAUGUUGCAUACAGUAACCCAGGUCAGGUGUAUGUAUUGUUAAACUUACAUUGGGAUAUUUCAAGUAUUGUAUUGAAAUCUAGUAUUGGUGUUGUAGCAACACCAUUGACAAGUGACAGGUCAUAGGUUGGUGUUGGGAUUGACCUCAGUAAAUAAGACGUAUUUCCGGCAGUUCAUAUUGAGUGCUGGUGUUGAAUGUUGUUUGCUGAAUCAAGCAUUACAGCUGGUGUUGACGAUCUGCGUGUAAUUUCCCCAUUUACCAGCACCAACCUGUAGGAUUCAGGGAAAUUGGGACUUCAAGUUUGGUGUUGGUGUUGGUGAUCUCAAGCUCACAAACAGAAUGACUCAUCACAGUCAAAUUAGCUAGAUGGGUACAAAUUGUCGGAGCUUUAUACAUUCAAGUCUUAAAAUCAGAGAGAAAUUGCAGUAAAAUCUUAUCGUACAGAUGCAAAGUCGUAAAUCACAUCAAGAAACCAAGAAUUAAAAUGAUUUUAAUGAGCAAUAACACUAACUUUUGGAUUACUGAUGUGAUUUAAGACUUUGCAUUCUGUAUGAUAUUAUUUUACUGCAAUUUCUCUCUGAUUUCAGUUUCAUCAUAGAGAUUUCUUAGGUGAUGUUGAGAUGAUCAAGAGAGGCAUGAUGUCAUGGAUAAUGCGAUCGAUAUCAUCGUGCUGAACCCUGCUCUGUGUUAGAGCUUGGAUCGGCAGCCUUUUUCACACUCUCAAAACCAACACCAACACCAAAUUUGAAAUCACCCAUGGUGUUGCCUAUGAAGGCAAUGAUUUUUGUCUCACCUGCAUAGCAGAGUGAGACUAUAGGCGCCGCUUUUCCGACGGCGGCGGCGUCAACACCAAAUCUUAACCUAAGGUUAAGUUUUUUAUAUGACAGCAUAACUUAGAAAGUAUAUGGACCUAGUUCAUGAAACUUGGCCAUAAGGUUAUUCAAGUAUUACUGAACAUUCUGCCUGAGUUUCAGGUCACAUGACCAAGGUCAAAGGUCAUUUAGGGUCAAUGAACUUAGACCAUGUUGGGGGAAUCAACAUCAAAAUCUUAACCUAAGGUUAAGUUUUUGAAAUGUCAUCAUAACUUAGAGAAAAUAUAUGCACCUAGUUCUUGAAACUUGGACAUAAGGUUAAUCAAGUAAUACUGAACAUCCUGCUUGAGUUUCACGUCACAUGACCAAGGUCAAAUGUCAUUUAGGGUCAAUGAACUUUGGCCAAAUUGGGGGUAUCUGUUGAAUUACCAUCAUAAGUUUGAAAGUUUAUGGAUCUGAUUCAUGAAACUUGGACAUAAGAGUAAUCAAGUAUCACUGAACAUCCUGUGCGAAUUUCAGGUCACAUGACCAACGUCAAAGGUCAAUGAACUUGGGCCAAGUUGGGGGUAUUUGUUGAAUUACCAUCAUAACUUUGAAAGUUUAUGGAUCUGAUUGAUGAAACUUGGCCAUAAGAGUAAUCAAGUAUCUUUGAACAUCCCGUUCGAGUUUCAGGUCACAUGACCAAGGUCAAAGGUCAUUUAAGGUCAAUGAACUUUGGCCAUGUUGGGGGUAUUUGUUGAAUUACCAUUAUAUCUCUGUAAGUGUAUUAGUCUAGUUCAUAAAACGUGGACAUAAGAGUAACCAAGUAUCACUGAACAUCUUGUGCGAGUUUCAGGUCACAUGACCAAGGUCAAAGGUCAAUGGACUUUGGCCAUGUUGGGGGUAUUUGUUGAAUUACCAUCAUAACUCUGUAAGUAUAUUGGUCUAGUUCAUAAAACAUGACCGAAGUCAAAGGUCAUUUAAGGUCAUUGAACUUAAGCCAUUUUAGAGGUAAUUAUUAGAUUCCUGUCAUAACUUUCAAAGUUUAUAGAUAUAGUGUAUAAAAUGUUGAUAUAGGGGUAAUCAAGUAUCACUGACAAGUUUUACGUCACAUGAUCAAGGUCAAAUGUCAAUGAUCGUAGUAUUGUAUCAUUUUAUGAAUGGUGUUUUUUGUGAAUAAUUAUUUUAUAGUAGUUUUCAAAGUCAGCACUGCUGCUAUAUUGAAUCAUGUGAUGCUAGGUGAGACAGCCAGAGGCAUUCCACUUGUUAAUUUUAUUUGAUUAAAUUCUGCUUUAGCAAGCUUAUAUCUGCCAAAUAUAAAAAAUAUUGUUGUGCUGCCAGUAAGUAAGAAGCUGUGAUUUAUCUUCCAUUAUUUUUGUAUUUGCAUAUUCCUGUUUGUUGAAUUUUUUUGUUCGAGAUUAUGAUUACUGUCACUUGUAAUGUACAUAGCCAGAAACAAAGCAUAGGCAAAGACAUUGACAAUGUUAUAAAUCUGUGUGAAAUUGGAAUCCAUUUUAUGGAUCUUUUAUGAUCUUCCCACAAUUGAGAAUAUUAAACUAUUCUCCAUUUAGUUGGGAGUGAAUUGGGAUUUGAAAUGUGCCUUGAAAAGAAUAUUCAAACAGUAUGAUUUGUAUUUUUUGUCAUAUAGUUUUUAUGUACUUACAUAUAGCUGAACAUGUUAUAAUAAAUAAUAAUAGUGGUCUUUAUUGAUAACUCAAAACAUUUCUUGCAGCCAAAGGCUGAAUUACAAAUGCUUUUAUAUUGUUUCACAUAAAAACUGAUUAAAGUAAAUACACACAAAAAGGUUAAAUCAGUACAAGAUAAAGGUAUAAUCUUUCAUAAUCUUUCAUACAUACUUACUGUGGGAUUUAGGAUCGUGUCAUAUCUAUAUUUUAUAUCCUGAUUAAAGGAAUGUACUGCAUGAACAGACAUUGUCGUCUUUCCUUAUCGCAUAUCAUGCAAAGCAAUCCCCUUUUUAUUUCAUUUUACAUUUAUUUGUAAUUAUGUGUGGUUAUAACUAAUAUUAUAAAGGUUAUCAGCUGCCUUAAGAUAACCUGUUUUUUAUGUUUUAUCUUAACUUGAAUUUACUUUAUGAGUGCACUCAAAAGUUUUUAAACAAUCAUGAGAUAAAUCCUAAUGCUAGCUUCUGCACUUCCCAAUCAGAUGCUUUCAAAAUCUAGUUGUGGUCUAGUGGUUAAUACUCUCCUCUUUAAAUCGGGGACGUGGGUCCAGUUCCAGCCAUGGCAUGUUUUUCUUCAGCAAGAAAUUUACCCACUUCUGCUGCACUCAACCCAGGUGAGGUAAAUGGGUACUGGCAGGAAGCAAUUCCUCAUAAAGCCGUGAGCACCAGAAUCGGUAGACUAGCUUAACCGGGGUAACAUAGGAGUGCCUUGAGCACCCAACAAGGUGGAUGUGUGCGCUAAACAAAUCCUAUAUAUUACCGGGUAUCUUUAUUAUUAUAAUAAUCAUGAUUAGAUUGUAAUGUGUGUCAUUAUAUUUCUAUGUAGAUAAUUUUAAAUGAGAAUAAUUUUGUUAUAAGUGGAGCAGUCUUGUAAAUGUUCACCAUAAGAGUCCUGUUUAAUGUGAUGUAUUUGUAGUAAAGUUGAGUGUGGCGAUAUACUAUCAGUAGUACUUAAUUUCAUUGCAAUAGAUUGAAAGAGAAUAGUCAUACUUAAGGCAAUGAGAUCCACAUUAUUUGUUUUGAGGUACAUUUCAGUUUCAGGUACAGAAUAUAAUUUUUCAUGAACCAAAUAAAAAAAAACCUGUAUACCAUACCCCCACCCAUUAAAAGAGAUUAUGUAUUUAUCAUUCGUAUCAUGAUUGACAUUGUCUUCUAUGUUUGUGAUAUAAACAGAUAUGGAGUUAGCUCACAUCUGCCAAAUUCUCAUUCUUUAUGACAUAGUUCUAAAUCAACUCAGUCUUGAUGUAAUGUAAAAGAUUUUAGGCAGAACCUAUUUGUGUAUGAAUGAGUUUGAAUCAAGGUUGUACGCAGCAACAACAAAAUUUGGGGGGGGGGGGCAAGAUGCCUAAAAAUUUUUGAAGAAACUAAAAAAUGAGGGAGUGAAGCGACUGAGCUUGUCGGCAUAUUUGUGUUUUCUAAAGUGAAAUUGAGUGAAAUAAAAGCAUUUGAUGUACAAUAUUGGUGAAUUAUGCAAAAUGAUUUUCAGUAAAACAAUACAUGUACGUUUUCAAAAUUUCUUGGGGAGGGGUGGAUAAGGUGCUUAGUGUUUAUUUUUCAGACUUACCAUGUGAAUACAGCACCCUCCAAAAGGUUAUAAUUCAAUAAUUGGUUCUGUCAAGUAUUGUCUGCUGUGUACACUCUUUGUAACCAUGUUUUAGGUUAUUGAGGGAUUUGAGGCCAACUCAUGAAGUAUCUUGCAAUAGUGAAUACAUAUGGUAAUGUUCCACAAUAAAAAAACAGUGGAUGGAUAUUAAAACUAUGACCCAAAACAGUAU